UCAAAACGUCGUCUCCAAGCCGAAUGAAAAUGGAAAAAACUCCCCGUUAUACACAACGGGAGCGUAAUAUGGUAUUGGGCUAUGCGGCCCAAUACAAGGAUAUCAUCGAAAAUAAACGUACCGAUGCUGAAUCAAAUCGUAAAAAGGAUGAAGUAUGGCGUCAAAUUGCCAAAGAGUUCAAUGCUCGCGUCUAUCAUCAACGUUCAUCGAAACAGUUACGGCAAUUAUAUAAAAAUAUGAAACUGCUGUUGAAAAAGGAUCUAUGCGGUGAGGGUAAAGGUAAUCGUACUUUUAUGGAUUUACUCAAUACAAUAUCACAACAAGAAUCCGUUGCACAAUAUAUAUCCGAACAAAUGUCACCGAAUGGUUAUAGCAAUGGUGGUAGCCGCCAGAAAUAUGAGGAAGACUUCGAUGAUUCAAAGCAUCCGGCCCUCAAUUACGAUGGCAUGGACCACGAUGUCAUUGUAAUUAAAUCGGAAGAUAUUAGCGGCGACGAACACUCCAACAAUGGUGAGGCCAUGGAUGAGGAUGACGAUGAUGAUUGUAUUAGUCCCAAAGAUAUACCCGAAGUGUGUUUAGAGGAAGAGGAUGAGGAGUUGUUUGCCACAGACCUGAGGCAACAACAACAGCAACAGUCACAACAAAAUCUGCAACAAUUACAACAAAAUGCCAAAUCCCAGCAGCAGCAACAACAACAAAUGUCAUCACAAAAUUGCAAUUCUUCUGCAACAACAACACCAAAUGGCAACCUCAGUAUGCCCCAACAGCCUGAGAUUACGAUACAAAAUAUUGGUGGAAUUCGAGUGGGCAGUAUCGGCAGCAUGGCCAAUAUGAAGGCCUUGGCGAAUUCGCUGAACAAUAACAACAACAAUAGUAGUAGUAGUAAUAAUAACAACAACAACAAUACCCCGAAUGGUUCACUUAGCAUUACCCCGCAUGCAAAUGGCGGAGGUCCUGCCACCAAUGGUCAGGCCAUGAAUUUGCGCCAGGCCAGUGCCGAACAACAGCUGCUGCUCAGUGGCCUGGGUUUGAAUCCGGUGAAUUCUAUGGAUUCGGGCUCACGCAUGCCUAACCUGACACGGGGUAUUCCCGUGUCCGCAUCAGCUGGCGGAGUCGGCACCACAAAUGGACCCACCACAAAUCACCUGCAGCCUGGAAAUCUUCAAAAUCUUUCGCAUCAUUCCACCACCCAACAGCUGUUACUGAAUAUUAAUGGCCUGGCGGCGGCAGCAGCUGCUGCCGGAGCACCCUUUACCCCGCCGGGUAAGGGCUAUGGUGGUGGCAGCCAUCAUCAUCAUCACCACUCCAAUAAUCAUCCCAGGCAAACCUCCACCCCGAAUAGUUUGAGUCAGAAAAAUUCACAAAAUGAUUAUUUCCUGCUGGGCAUUGAGGAGCGAAAACUGAAGAUCGAACUACUGAAUGCCCAGAUUGACUAUUGGAAAAAAUUGACCAAGAAAUUGGAUGAGAAUCCUGGCCAUGCUCCCAACCCCUCUUGUAUGUGCCACUUCCCCGGUAAGCCCAAUGGUGUGCAGACACCUUCAUCGACCAGCUAG